CUUAAACCUCAAAACUCAAAAGUCCCCCAUUUUCCCGAGAAAACAAUGAAUUUCUUCAAGGGCAAACAGCCUCAACAAGUCUCACCCUCCUCAGCACCACCACCGCAACCCGAACGUCAAUCCCCCGAAACACACUUCUUCUUCCAACAAGCCUUCACCAACCUCCAAACCCACUGCUCCAACUUUCUCCAAAACCACCACCAACUCCUCAAACCCCACCUCGUUUCCCUCAAAACCCACCUUGAAAACCAUGUAAAGAAUCCCAAUUUCGUUCGCUAUCGUGCUCGAGAGCCAUUAUGGGCUAGAAUUACUGAGAAGGCUCCUGGGUCUGGUACUGUUGCUAUGUCUACUGAGGCCAUUGAAGAGAGGUUGGCUGGUGUGCCCGUGUAUGCUCUGAGCAAUUCUUCUGAAGAAUUCGUGUUGGUUUCAGGUGUGGGUUCUGGUAAGUCUCUUGGGUUGUUUUGUGUUAAGGAAGAGGAUGCUGAGAGUCUUCUUGAACACAUGAAAUCCAUGGACCCUGGAAUGCGGGAGGGUUCGAAAGUUGUUGCUGUGGCUCUCAAUAAGGUUUUUCAGCUUAAGGUAGAUGGGGUUGCUUUCAGGUUGAUACCAGAGUCAUCUCAAGUAAAGAAUGCACUUAAGGCCUUCAACGGGUUUGGUUCAUAA